AUGCCUACACCACUUCCUUCGAGUUUCGCUUCGGCCGCCGCUGGCAACACCCAGGACCCCAGUCGGAGAGGGGAUGUCAGUUCUGGUGGAGAAUGGUAUGUAACCUCAAGUCCCAACCUCUACCAACGAUCAUAUCUGGCCUGGAUCACUUCUCAGACACUUUCCGAGCUGUCUCGUCGAACCCGCAUCAACGGAGCCACUCAGACCUUCCGCCGCCCGUCUGUUGCUACCAACCCUUCUCAUACUAGAGAGAGUAGUAGUCACGCUGCAUCUGCCUCGGUCUCGACACCCACUUCGGGAGCGUACAUCCCUCCCCACAUGAGCUCAAAUCCUUUGUCUAGUGCGCUGCGGAACGGGAACAUGGAUGCCCGAUACUCCAAGGACCAACUUCUAGACUUGUACAAGCUACAGAGGGAGAACCUGAGCAAGAACGUGGAGGAUUAUUUUGUUGCUGACUGGGACCCUCAUAUGGUCACUAACCCUGCAAAUGGAGCUUGGGGGAAGCGAGAUGACCACAAGACCUCCGCGGGGCCUGAAGUUUGCUGGGAUCAUGAUGGCCAGGCGGAACCGCUAGGGUUAAGUGAUAUGACAGAUAGUGAGAAGGAGUUUUUCACCGCAUCCGUCAACUCCCCCCUCAAGCCACCGCCAACGAACGCCUCGAAAGAGAAUACCGGUGUCACUCCUGGAGGUCGCAAAGGUUCUAUCUCUUAUCCGCAGGGACAUAUUAAUAACUACAACACCUCUUCCCCCACCCCCAACCGCCCAGGACCUCGACGUCGAGAGACAGGCGACUCGAUGGCUAACCCCAUGUCUCCUACUGGAACUGGCUCCCGCUUUUUCCACGAUGCGAAUACCUCCACUCCUCCCCCGGCUCUUUUGCGUCGCAAGACCGAUUUCAAGGAUCAAGGCAUAAAAUCAGACGAGAAAUCCAAGGAAAACGGCGAUCCUGCUUCUCCUUUCGGUUCUCUUAAGCGCAGCACCACGAAUCCUUUGAACACGGCUGUCGGUGGUGGGCAAAAUUCACCUUGGGGAUCUGCUUCGCAUAAUGCAAACUUCUCCCCCAUGGGUGCUUUUGGUGCCUUUUCCCUUGCUUCAGGCACGGGCUCGGGCUCGGGCACGGGUGCAGGCAGCACGGUGCAGACACCCACAGCAGAGAAGAAAAGCUAUGGAAAUCUCCGCGGCGAAAGCAGGUUCAAGGGCCUACUUUCUAAGGAUAGCUCGGAGGAUAUUGGGGGCUUUUCGAAGGUGGCUGCGGGCAACCUCGAGCGACUCACUGAAGAUGAAAGUGGCAAGCGCGCCCAGUCACCAUGGGAAGAUGCGGUCAAGACACGUGUGGUGCGGAGUGAAACUAAUCCAUUCGACGAACCUCGUAGCGGGAGUGCUGCUCUUGGAGGAUCUCAAGACGUGGAAGCACCGCCUCAGGCUGAUCUGAACUUUGGCACGUUCGGGAUGACCUCGAGCAUCCCUGGUUUCCGAGAGUUGAUGCAGAGUCAAGAGACUUCUCGCAAUCCUACUCCGAGCUUGCUGCAUGGCCACGAACCUACUAGCCCGACCAAUACCAACCCUUACCAAAGCCCGCACGGUGGUGAUCGCGCAGAUGCGGAUGAUGUGGACACCGAUGGAUCUGACGUUCAGCACCCUCAGCACGCUGGCCUCAGUGGACUGCGCGAUCCUAUCAAUCCAUUUGGAUCAGUAAGACGGGUUGCUACUGGAAUGGAUGUUCCUACGGUCGACCGCAGCCAGAAUUCCAGUGUUAAUGCCAAUCGCGGUUUCAGUGGCAUUGGUGGUCUUGGUGGACUUCCCUCUCUUGGAGGACCUUCUACCUGGUCUACUAGCGGUGCGAUUGGCACCCCCACUCGUGAACGUUCGGCCUUUGCUGGCGGGUUCGGUGAUCCUAUAUUUGGUGCUAUGAGCGAUCUCCAGUCUCCAAGUCUGUCAACAUUAGGAGCUGGUGGUCUCUUUAGCCCCCAUGGUGGUCUUUCUGGUACUACCAGUAUUGGUCGAUCCAGCAAGCUGGGAGCUCUCUUCUCUAGCAUGCAAGAGGAAGAUCUCAUUGGCUUGGAAACGGAUCUCCAGCAAGUAGACCAGCAAACUGGAUCCCUCUCUGCAUCGGAAACACCCUUGUCAGCUGGCCAAGACGCCAUCCCGCCGAGUCAUACUCCCGGUGGCUCUGUGCCUUCCGCUCAACAGCGAACCAUGGUCAUGCCAGAUCGUAUGCGCUGGAUCUACCGUGACCCACAAGGAAACGUCCAGGGUCCGUGGACUGGGCUUGAAAUGCAUGAUUGGUUCAAGGCUGGUUUCUUCAGCCCUGACCUACAAAUCAAGAAGCUUGAGGAUAUUGAAUUUGAACCACUCGCGCAGUUGGUGCGUCGCAUUGGGAACUCACGGGAACCCUUCCUUGUCCCUCAGAUCGGGAUUCCCCAUGGUCCAGAACCAGCACCUGGUCAGUGGACCAGCGCUGCCACUGGAUCUGCCCAGCCUCCAUUCCCUGGCAGCUUCCCAAGCUUCGGUACCACUUUGACUGCCGAGCAGCAGAAUGCACUAGAGCGACGGAAGCAGGAGGAGCAAUAUCUCAUGGCCCGCCAGAAGGAGCACUUGGCUCAGCAGCAAGCUAUCAUGAAGCAGAUGCAGGUCCCUGGGGCCCCUUCCACGAUGCAGCCUCAACUUCAGCAUCAGUCUAGUGCUCAGAGCCUUCACAGCCAGCCCUCAUUCAGCAGCAUUACCUCCCCUAGUGGCUACCAACCCUCUCCAAUCCAGGCUCCGAUGCAACAGCAAUCCCACGGCGUUCCUGGUUUCUUUGAUGCCGCCGGUCCCAUCCGACAAGGUGGACUGUCCAACGUUGGCCCCGGAAUGCUAGGGAUUGAUAUCGGCGGUGGACCCGAUCAGCUUCCCGCCCUACUAGAUCGUCUGAAUGUCGGUCGACAGGAUCCCUUCGCAUUUGGCGGAUCCCCGUUCAGUGGUCGCCAGCCUGAUAGCUUCCUCCACUCCCAGCAGGUUAUCUCGAUGCUUCAGGAUCGUGCUCAGCUUGAACAGGAGCAGGAGGAGUUUGAUAGAAGCAACGCUAAUAAUGAUCCGUUUGACCAGGAAGCUCGCGAGGAACGACUCCGCCAGUUCCAUUCCCUGCGAACCCAGGAGGGUGAUUUGAAUGUGCGAACUGUUGAUGGCCUUCCUAGUCAUCCUGCUUCACAGCCAUUUGAUGCUGAAUCCCUCGCCGAGACUGAAGUGGUGAAUGAGCCUGAGCCCACUGAUGUGGAGCCUGCGCUGACACUCUCGCAGCAAGUUCAGAAAGCUGCCUCUGCUCAGCGCCAGCAGCAAGAGCAAGAGCAUGAAUCCGUGUGGGGAGUCAAGGACAGUGCCAUGCCCCAUCCCUUCCCACCACCUCCAUCUGCGUCACCACUUCCCGCACCCGCUGCUCAGCGUAAUCGCCAGCAUGUGGCUGAUGCUUUGGCCGCUGGAUCUCGAUCCCAGACCCAGACUCCGAUUGAUGCUCCGGCUACCUCAGUUGCCCCAUGGGCAAAGGAUACUGUUGAGGUGCCCAAGGGUCCCUCCCUGAAGGAGAUCCAGGAAGCUGAAGCUCGUACUGCCGCGCAGCGUGAAGAAAUUGCAGCCGCCGCUCGCCGCGCCCAACUUCUUGCUGAGCAUGAGCGCCUUAGCCAGGCUCAGGCCCAGAUUGUUCCCGGCCUUCCCUCCUCGGCCAACUGGGCUAGUUCUGGAUCACCCGCAUCUGCUACCCCAACCGGUUCGGCAUGGAGUAUUAAGCAGCAACCGACACCCACCAAUGCCGGUACCAAGAAGACUCUUGCUCAGAUUCAGAAGGAAGAAGAGGCUCGCAAGCAACGCCUGGUCGCUGCUACAGCCUCUUCUCAGGCCUCAUCUCCUGCUCCUCCCGCAUCUGUCGGCAAGCGUUACGCUGAUCUUGCCAGCAAGGGCCCUGCUCCUACUGUCGCCACCGCCGCUGCCACUGCCAUUGCCGGUGCCGGUGCCGUAUCAGGCGCAUCUGGUGCCUGGACCACUGUCGGUGCUGGCGGUAAGACUAAGGGACCUCUAGCCCCACCCCUUGGCCCUCGCGCGACGAGUGGCACCGUGCCGAUUUCCCCCGUCUCUGUUGGGAAGCCCCGUCCCACUAUUGCUACUCGCAAUGUCACUAUGGGCAACAUCCCUCAAUCCAACCCCAACCGUGCUGUUGAGGAGUUCACCAAGUGGGCCAAGUUCUCACUGGGCAAGGGUCUGACUAGCAACAUCAACGUCGAUGACUUUGUCCAGCAAUUGCUCUUCCUCCCCAACGAGGCAGAGAUCAUCUCUGACUCUGUCUACGCUAACUCUACGACUCUGGAUGGUCGCCGCUUCGCAGAGGAGUUCAUUCGUCGCCGCAAGCUCGCUGACAAGGGAGUCGUUGAUCCUAUAUCUCCCAACGCAUUCGCGGAACAAAGCAGCUCCGGCGGCUGGAGCGAGGUUGCCAAGAAGGGAUCCGCUGCCAGUGCUACUGCUCAGCGUGAGGAAGAAGCCAGCAGCGCUUCCUUUAAGGUUGUCGCACCUCGUAAAAAGGGCAAGCGUUAA